GGUGUGCGACCUUCAUUUCACAGAAAACGACAUCCUCCGGGAGACAUCUUACACCGAUGUUGCUACAGGGCGUGUGCUGACUGCACGCUUGGCCUACCCCCGCCUUCGCCCAGAAGCAGUUCCAUCAAAGUUCCCAGACUCCGGACAAUGCCGCGUAAGGGAACAGCGUCUUUCGUCAAAGACUUCAAGGGACCACCCGAAUGCUGCUGCAAAGGAAGGAAGAAUCGCCGAAACCAUCGAGGCUGUGGUUGAGAUGUUUCGCAGUGAGGAGGAGACAGACAGAAGGCGACUGCGUCCAAGGCAGAACCUGAACGCUGAUGGGAAGCGGAAAGCGACGGCUGGGUCUGUUGAGACUGCCCUCGAGACGUCUAGCAGCUGGGAAGACACAGAUAGGGAAGGUGGCACCAAGGACCCCGACACGGGGCGGACGCAUUCGAGGCGAAGGCGUCCAAGGCGAAAGCGUCCCAGGCAAGUCAGUUCAGAUUCUGAUUACGUGCAGAUGGCAAUUGCGGAAUCCAUUGACGCAUUUAGCAGUGAGGAAGAAGCAGACAAGGUGCACAGCGUAAAAGGCUCAGGCAGAAGACGAAAGCGUCCAAGGCGGAGUCCAUGCUCGGAUGACAUCCAAAGGGUGAUUGCCGAGUCCAUUGAGACAGUCUACAGCGAGGAUGAAGCAGACGAAAUCCUCAAUCUUAAAGAUCUAGCUGACUAUGCAAGAAAUCAACAGUAUUCCACAUUCUGGCACGCUGUUGAAGGCAGUAAACGUCUCAUUUUGGUGCACAUUGUCGAGGAUGAAGCACCUUGGAUCAAGUACUCUGUUGUCCUGAAAGCUGACCUUACUCUUACUUGCUAUGUCGCAAAGACGCCGGUCACAAAGCUGGGAUCCAGUCUCUGCAUUCCGACCGCUGUAAAGAGCAAGAGGGCAUUGAAGGAGCUCCUUGAGAGCAUUGAAAACUGGGACAGCAGCCUCAGCUCCACGUCUGAAAGUUUGGACGAAGACAUCAGCGAGACUGUUUGUCUGCUGCCUGGCAAGUCGACUGCAACACCGACAGAGGACAAGGCCGCUGCCAUCCAGUUUCUGAGGGAGCAGUUUAACCUACUGUCAAUGAAGAAAGAUCAAAGGCGUUACUCAGCUGACCUUAUGGUGUUCUCCUGCAUUCUCUUCACAAUAUCCCCUCAUGCAUACAAGUACAUCUGCAACUCCGGCAACGUUAGUCUGCCUCACCCUAUGAUCAUCAGGUCGGUAUGCCUGUCCUUCGGGAUGAAUUCCCAACCUCUGCAACAAAAUGCAACAUUCCUCAGAUAUGUGGCAAACAGGAUUUCUGAUCUGGACUAUAGACAACGCCUUGUGACCAUCAUGGUAGAUGAGAUCCACAUCGGGCCUUUCUUCGAUUACAAAGGAGGCAGCACUACUGAUGUAGCACCCAACUCCACGGAAGUGGCCGGUAGCGUGCUUGUUUUUACUGUGCAAAGCCUCACGUGCCAAUUCAAGGAAGUUGCGCAUGUCGUCCCCAUGCAGCGGGCUGAUGCUCAGUUUCUGCACAAGUUACUGAGUGACGUGAUUUGUGGGCUGGAGAAAAUUGGGUACAGGGUUGCAUGUGUCGUAAGCGAUGGCAGCUCGGUCAACAAAGAGGCUAUGUCACACUUCACGUCACCGCCAACUGAAGGAAUUGUCUAUCCACACCCGUCUGACCCUGCAAGACCGCUUUUUUUUGUGAUAGACCCUGUGAACAUACUCAAGUGCAUUCGUAACAGCUGGCUCGACCAAAGCAACGACCUACUUUGCUUCUACUUUCCCGAGUUCCACGCCGAGCCGACACGUGCACGGCGUAUGCUGUCUGGAUCUUUUGCAACCAUCAGAGAUGCAUACAACUUGGAGCGCCACCAACUCGUGAGGUACGGCUACAGUCUAUCAAGAGAAGCCCUGUGCCCCAUGAACGCUGAAAGGGAGAAUGUGAAGCUGGCUUUGCAGAUAUUCAACGACUCGCUCCCCCAGGUUCUUCGCACCCUCGGAGCAAAGCACAACCUGCGGUUUUUUGAAGAGACCGCGAGGUUCAUCGAGAUCAUAGUGAAGUGGUGGAAAAUAGUGAAUGUCAAAGCUCCGUACAAAGAAAAGACAUCAGGAGACCAGUUCCAAGAACCACUGUUUCCUUCGGUGGACGAUCCCAAGGUGGACUUCCUCUACAGGCUCCUGGACUGGCUGGACGAGUGGAAGGGCAAGGACCUUGACAGUGGGACGCUGACCAGCGAGACCCAUGCUGCUCUCCAGCACACGACUCAUGCAUUGGUGGAGGUCGCCAGGUACUGCUUCACCGAGCUCAAGCUGUCCCGCAUCCUUCUGGGGAAGAUUCAGACCGACAACUUGGAAGAGCGCUUUGGGAACUCCAAGCACCUGGCCGGCCCCCAAUAUCACAACUCCAUAAGACAGCUUCAUGAAGGUGAAGGUGAAUUACAGCCACAAGACAGUCUGCCGACGGUCGCUGCAGCCUGCGAAACAGAAAAUGACGAAGAUGAACAAUGGGAAGACCUCCACAAACGAGAACACACGUUCCGUCCCGGCUAUGCCGUAGGGGUGACCGGAGAGGCUUUGUUAAAGUUGGAAGACACCCUCCCGGCUCUUGUCUACGUGGCUGGAUAUGCAGUCCACGCCACCCUGGAAAGGCUGAACUGCGUAAAGUGCAGACCAGUAUUGUCGGUAAACAAGGCGAUCAACAUCUCUGUUGCUCAGCGACACUUCAAACUUGUCAAGGAACUGGAGGGAAGGGGGCUUCUUUUUCCAACGAUGUUUGCCAUAAAUGCUGUUGCGUACAGCUAUGUUGUGGCUCAGCAACUGUCCAAGCAGGCCGAGUCCUCGAAGGUUCCAAACCCGCGCCAGCUCGUCGCAGAUCUCACUGUGGAGCUCCUGACCAACGAGGGGUCUUCCGAGUUCGAUGUUUGUGAAGACGGACAUACGAGCGAGCUCGUGCUGAGGCAUGUGUUGUGGUGCAGCACAAACGUGUUGUUGAAAAACUUUUUCUGCAGGAUGAACAACGAAACAGUUGCAAACGCUAAAUCAUGCUAAAGCAAGUCGAGCACUACAUAUGUGGACCACGUCACAAAUCAUUGGAGUAACUAUACUUAUGUGUUAAUAUUCAUCUCCUUAGUUCAACAAAAAGAAAAUUGUACUUCAUCGAGACA